AUGGUUAGGGUAUUCCCAGUUCAUAACUCCAUAGCCGCUGAUGGAGAAAGCCUCAUCAAGGUGGCGGUGGACAUUCACAAGGUGGUCAAAGCUUCUUUGCACGGCCAUGCCCAAGCUCAGUUUACUUACAUUUGCCGGAGAUUACGCCGGAGUCACUCUCCCGGCGUUUUCUACGGAGCAAAUCCUUUGGAUUUCUCCUUCACUGUGAUAUUGUUGGAGUUGAUUUUUGUGAUUUUUGCUACUCGAGUCGUUCGUUUUCUUCUCAAGCCACUCCGCCAGCCCAGAAUAAUCUCCGAACUUCUAGGAGGCAUGAUCAUUGGACCCUCCAUUUUAGGUCGAAACAGGGAAUUCAAUCGUCAUCUUUUCCCAGACAAUGCUGAUUUCGUGUUGAAAAACAUGGGAGCGAUGGGUUUCAUUUACUUCCUCUUCGUCGCCGGAGUAAAAAUGGAUUUAUCCCUCGUCAAAAAAGCCGGUAGAAGACAUUACUACGUCGCCCUAAUCGGCGUCGCUCUUCCCUUUACGAUGGUCACCAUCACCGGUUUCACUCUGCGCAGCUCCAUGGACCACAGCCUCGCAAGAGUCUCCUCAAUCGGUGCAGUCGCAGCUUCAUUAGCCAUCACAUGUUUCCCUGUCAUACAUAUCAUUCUCAAAGACCUCAACUUGCUCAACUCCGAAGUCGGCAGAUUCGCCAUGUCAGUUUCCAUCAUCGGAGAUGCACUUGGGAUCAACGCCAUUAUCGCUUUCGAAGCUGUCAAGCAAGGAGAAAGCGGAGCCAAACCCGCUUUAUGGUACCUCAUCUCGCUUAUUAUCUUGUUAGCUUUUGUGGUGACAGCCGUUCGGAGAGUAAUGACUUGGAUUGUGGAGAAUACGCCGCAAGGAAAACCCGUUGAAGAAUGCUACGUCGUGGCGAUCCUUCUGGGUGUUCCUGUGAUGUCUUUUUUGACGGACAUGUUUGGGAUCGCGAUGGCUAAUGGUCCGCUGUGGCUCGGGCUCGUUAUACCGGACGGUCCGCCAUUAGGAGCGACGUUGGUGGAGAGGAGCGAGACGAUAAUAACGGAGUUGUUCUUGCCGUUUUCUUUUGCGUUUAUUGGGUUGUAUACUAACGUUUCCGCCAUGAGCGACGCAGGGUGGCAGAGCUUGGCGCCAUUAUUUGCCAUGUGUUUGACAGGCUACAUUUCUAAAUUUGUAACCACGGUGGUUACUGCCUUCUUCUUUCAGAUGCCAUUGAAGGAUAGUCUUGCUCUUGGUAUCAUUCUCAACGUCAGAGGUGUCGUCGAGAUCUUGAUUUACAUGCACUGGUUUGAUAAACGUAUUAUAAACUUAAACCUGUUCACGUUACUGGUGAUACUGACAGUAGCAGUGACGGGUCUAACGACGCCGUUUAUCACCUUCUUCUACGACCCAACAAGGCCGUACAUGGUGAACAGAAGAAGAACCAUUCAACACACGCCACAGUGCUCGGAGCUCCGGUUAGUCCUCUGCAUUCCCGAUCAACAAAGUAUGGCCGGACUCAUAAGUCUCCUGGAAUUCUCCUACCCAACUACGACAAACCCUUUCUACAUCCACGCUCUCUAUCUCCGUCAGCUCAUUGCCCGAGCUACGCCCAUUUUCAUCGACCACGACGAGCACGGAGAAGACAACAAGUACGUCGACGAUUACGCCGUCAACAACGCUCUCAAACUUUACCAGGAAACCAGACACGAGUUCGUCAAACUCCAUGCUUACACAACAGUGGCUCCUAUGAGAACCAUGUACCGGGAUAUCUGCGAGCUCGCCAUGGUUAACAAAACGGCGUUUAUCAUCCUGCCGUUUCAAAGAGAAACCGCCGGCGGCGUGGCGGGUACACAGUUAAUUGACAGCGGUCUCCGGUCUGUCAACUCCGACGUUUUAGACCACGCGCCGUGCUCGGUCGGCGUGUUGUACGACAAAGGUGGGCUUGGGAACCCACUAGUGGCCCGCUCCAUGGACCACAAUACUUACCGUUUUGCAAUCCUCUUCCUCGGCGGAGCCGACUCGCGGGAGGCGCUGGCUUACGCCGACAGGAUGGCGGAGAAUCCGGAUAUCACCAUAACGGUGAUGAGAUUCCUGUCUCAUAACUUUGAAGGAGAUAAUGAGUUGGAGAAGAAGCUUGAUGACGGGGUUGUGACGUGGUUCUGGGUGAAGAACGAGGCGAACGACCGGGUGAUGUACAGAGAAGUAGUGGUGAAGAAUGGGGCGGAGACACUGGCGGCGAUUCAGGCGAUGAACAACGGCGACUAUGAUUUGUGGAUUACUGGUAGAAAACAGGGUAUUAACCCGAAGCUUGUGGAGGGGAUCUCGACGUGGAGCGAACAUAAUAUAGAGCAGCUUGGGGUGAUCGGAGAUUACAUUGCGUCGGAGGAUUUUGGUGGGUCGGCUUCGGUGUUGGUGAUUCAGCAGCAGGUGUUGAGAUCAGGACAAGAGACUGUAACUGGUAAUUGGUUGCAGAAAAAUUGCAAUGAUUUUACUUGCAAGAGCAUAUUAUCGUGGUGGGUGUAA